CUGAGAAACUAGGAAGCCAUACCACCAUCGCAACUACGACCACCACCACCAAUUUAAAAUGGCGGCUCCCAGUGUGGAAAAGCCUAGCACGCUGCUUGUAAAGAAUUUACCCCCGGACACUAAAGAAUCCAAACUCGAAGAGAUUUUCGGCGACAUCGGACCACUGAAGAGAUGCUUCAUCGUUCGAGACAAGUCGGACAAGGCCGAAUGCAAGGGCGUAGCGUACGUGACAUACGCCAGCGCCGUCGACGCCGACGCCGCGUUGACACAAAAAUUCAAGCUGGGCGGAAACCUGCUCCACGUGAAACUAGCCGCUUCCAAACCCCUGCGUGGCUCGGCUGCGGCCCAGAAAGCGGAACCCAGGCCGAGAGCAACCAAGGAAGAGAGACUCGCCAGGAAAAAACGUAAGCCACGUCUCAUUGUUCGCAACUUGUCGUUCAAAGCCAACGAAACAGUGCUGCGCGACUGUUUCGGCAAGUACGGCGACCUUGUUGAGGUAAGCAUUCCCAAGAAACCCGACGGAAAGAUGCGCGGCUUCGCAUUCGUCCAAUUUGCAGAGACCAAGAGUGCGAUCAAAGCCAUCAACGGUCUGAAUGCAAGUAACAUAAGUGGCCGUCCCGUGGCCGUCGACUUCUGCCUUCCCAAAGCCACGUACCAGAAUGCCACGCAGGGCCAAGCUUCGGCGAGUAAAGCUGAACAAAGCAACAACGACGAAGACACUGACGGUUCUGCUGACGAGACUAGCGUUGUUUCCGAGACGUCUGCACACGAAGACUCGGCUUCGGAUUUGGACGACCAAGGUGACAACACCGACCAAGACAUGGACGAUGAGCAAAGCGAGGAAGAGGAUGGUAGUGAUGAAGAGGAUGAAGAUGACGAUGAGCUCCACCUUAAACGGAAGUCCCAGCCGGGUGACACGAAGAACACCCUCUUCAUCCGCAACAUUUCGUUUGAGACGACGCAGGAAAGCCUCGACUCCCUCAUGAAGCAGUUUGGGCCCUGCAAGUACUGCCUCCUCUGUACGGAUCCGGUCACCGAGCACUCGAAAGGAAGUGCCUUCGUGCGCUAUGUCAAGGACGCCAGCGUCGAACGCUGCCUCCAAGCGGCGCAGUCCAGCGCAGGCCUGAUGCUGGACGGUCGCCGCUUGAGCGUCGCCAGGGCCCUCUCCCGCGAAGAGCUGGACGCCAAACAAGAAUCGGAAAAGAAGCAGAAGAAAGACCGCCGCAACCUCUUCCUGGCGCGCGAAGGACUCGUGCGGCCCGGCACGGAAGCUGCGCACGGGGUCUCCCCGCAGGACAUGACCAAGAGGGCAAAGCUUCAGUCCCGCAAGCGCAAGCUUCUCCAAAACCUGCACUACUUUGUGUCGCAGACCCGCCUGUGCGUCCACAACCUGCCGCCCUCAGUUGACGAUCGGAAGCUGCGCGCCCUGUUCCUCCAGAACGCUCCCAAGGGUGCACGAAUCACUGAGGCCCGCGUGAUGCGCAACCUGAAGACGCCCAGUGCAGAGUCACGCGGCUACGGCUUCGUUACGUUUGGCCGACACGAAGACGCGCUCGAGGCUCUGCGGAGGCUCAACAACAACCCAGAAACCUUCGGCCCCAAGAAGAGGCCUAUCGUCGAGUUCUGUCUCGAGAACAAGGCUGCUCUGGUCGCCAAGGAACGACGUCUGCAACGCAGCAAGCAAAAGAUCAAGGAGGCGGAGGAGAUGGAUCAGUCAGGUUCCAUGUCGGCUACGGAUGCGGCUGUUCCGAACGAGAAGCGGGCACCAUUCAUGGGAGCUGCGGCCAAUCGUAACAUGAAGGGCCUUCCGACGCAUUCGGGGGCCAAGGUGCGCACUAAGAAAGGGCGAGCGGGAAGGCAAAUGCAGAAACAGUUACAGGCGAAAGAGAAGAAGGGAAAACGGAAACAAAAGCAAAAGAAGGGGUUAGGUCCUGUUGGGGGUGUUCGUGGGGAAAAGGACACCUUCGGUGCGAUGGUUGAAAAGCACAGGCAGAAACAGAUGAAACGGGCUGCUGUUGAGGGUCGUAACAAAUGGUUCAACGAAUAAAGUCCCUUACCAUUCUA